GAUGAAAUUAAUUGUUGACGUUGAUCAACGAAUCGGAUUGAUUAUUCCAUUGGAAAAGGUGAGUAAAUAAUUGAAUUAUACGAUCGAAAAGCUUCUGCUUGUAAAAAGAAAACAAUUAAACUUUGAUAGAAAACAAUGAAAAUUAGAAGUCUUUUAUGAUUACAAUUGGGUAGUAAACGUUUUAAUUGUGAGUUUUAUUAACUGCAAUUAAUUUAAAUUCUCAUUCCAUGGGAUACAAAUCAUGGUUUCCAACGAAGCGACCAGUGUUUCUUGUAUUCGUUUUACUUUUGGUUUAUAUGAUUUUUGAAGUUCUCUUUUUUGGAGAAAUUAAUCUAAUCCCUGGUGAUAGUUCAUCUAAUCCAUACGAUGAGAAAGAUGAAUGGUAUGAAUCAACAAAUUCUUCUUCCUGUGAUCUUCCCUUUAAUAUGGAUCCUUAUGAUCCAAUAAUUAAAGUUUUCAUUCGACAAGAAAAUCAUUUUAUUAAAUGCUUUAAAUCAAAUGAUGGAGCAUAUGAUUCGUUGUACAAUCUUUAUCAUGGAAAAUCGUUAUCAUAUAUGAAUGAUGUAGAUGGAAUUGUUCGUAUUUUUCGUAUUCGAGAGCACGAUAAAUCGUUAAAGUGCCUUUACCAGCAGUUUGAUCGAGAUGGUGAUUCAGAUAAUAAGAUAAAAUAUUUUGAUUGGAAACCGAUAAUUGGACAUAAAUUAAAUUUAGAAAAACUUGGAAUCGAAUUUGUUAUAAUCAAAUGUUUUCUCUCUUCUAAAUUAGUUUAUACAAAUAUUCAUUCAUGGCCAAGUCGAGUUGCAAGUUACUUGAAUAAGAAAAAUACUUCCUCUUCUGCAUUAAUUAAUGAAAGUCAUUUGAUCAAUAAUCGAUCGACAAAACCUUCAGUGAUGUUUCUGAUAAUCGAAUCGAUGUCUUACCUUAAUUACAAACGAUUCAUGUCAAAAACGGAAUUUGCUUUAUCCAAAUUAUCAAAUUUCUUUAUUCUCAGAGGAUUGAAUAAACUCGCAGAUAAUUCAUACCCAAACAUGAUGCCAAUUCUAUCAGGUAGGAAAAUUAGUUUGCACUUCUAUGUGGACGGAAAGUUCAUUUAUUCAAUUAGAUUAAACUAUUUUAUUUCAUUUUUCCGCGUCCUCAAAAUGACCGAAAAUCGACCAUUUUAUUGUUGA